UUAAAGCCUACCAAAUAUAGGAAAUCAAGGUCUCACAGUUCAAGGCCAGCAAAGAAGACUGGAAGUCCAAAGACGCCCCAAAAAAGGUCCACAAGUGCCAAAUCUUCUAAGAUGGAGGUGGACAUCCUCAGCCCAGCAGCAAUGGAGAACCUCCACUACAUUUGCCACAAUGCAGCUGACUGUCUGACGUUCAGCGGUUUUGGUUGGAAACAUUCAAAUAACAAGAAGAAGAAGAAAAAGAAGGGAACUAAACAAAAGAAGAAGAAAAAGUAGAUUUAAUUU